CCCUGGUAGUUUGCCUGCACUUGCUAUUUCUAAAGCUCGCACGGGAUCUCAUCUAGGUGUCCUCCAUUCCGUAUUUUCCCUCCGUCUUUCAACCAAGUAAAGCGCUGCCUGAAUCACAGGAACAGCGUGAGGAAAUAAGUCAAUAUAAACAAAAAACCACAAGAGCUGUACGAGGGGGGAUGCAAAUGCAAUCGCUAUUACAGGAGGGGAGUGUGGCGAAAGGAGCUGGAAGUGACAGCGCGUUUGACAGGCGUGUGUUUCAUUACAGCCCGAAAGCAGAGGAUGCUGCGGCGAUGCGCUGACACGAUUUUCGGCUGAGGAAUCGGAUCGCCGCGCUCGCGCUUCCCUUCCUGCUUUAGUCGGAUGCGGAGUGAAAUGCACAUCCACUCUGACAAUGUAUAUUUAUAAAACGUUCUUAUUUUUUAUUGCCACCCCCUUUCUUUCUGAGUUGCAUUUCUACAGCUUUGGGUAUGAUGAGGAUGCUUGCCCGCGCAGCCUUCAUUGCUCGUCGCUUACUUAAAUAUUUACAUUAUAUGGCAAUGAUCGUUUAAAGACUUGGCAGCCAGCGAUACGAUGUUUGCGUUAUUCCUGCAUUGCACGGAUGAUCUUUAAGUGACAGAUUUAUGGACUACUCUUGGACACACUGACGGAUCUCUCGCCGAAGGCGGAUGCAACCUAGAUUUCUCUCCAUUGCGGAAUGAAAGGUAGCGCGUUCGGCUGCCACAGCGUGGACACUUUCAUCUGUGAUAUAUUCUCGCAAAGACGCGGCGCAGCGGAUUUCGGGCAUCGGCAACUUUCAUGGCUUUCGCGUUGAGGAGAUGGAGAAUGCUGCUGGUGCUCAAUGUGAUCGCCGUGGCGGGCUUCGUCACCUUUUGGGCCCGGUGCAACUCGCGUACCGUCAGAGCCGCCGGGCAGGACGUCGCGGCUGAUGCCAGAAGAUACGCUCGCUAUAAUCUUACGGCGCAAGCAUCCAGCGUCAGUCAUGAAACCCUGCUCAAGAGACUUGGCUCCCUGGAGGAUGUGGUCUACAGGCAGCUCAAUGGACUCUCCAAAUCACUGGGUCUGAUCGAAGGCUUUGGAGGGCGAGGUGAGGGUGGCUUUCCUGCCACCUUGACCCCCGAAGAAGAGAAUGAUGCAAAAUUGCUGAGAGAGAAGUAUGGCUACAAUGCCUACCUCAGUGACAAGAUCUCCCUGGACAGAUCCAUUCCAGACUACCGCCCAAGCAAGUGCAAGAAGGUGACGUAUCCCCGGGACUUACCACAGCUCUCGCUCAUCUUCAUCUUCGUCAACGAGGCCCUGUCGGUCAUCCUGCGUUCGGUGCACUCUGCCGUCAACCACACGCCGGCGCACCUGCUGAAGGAGAUCAUCCUGGUGGACGACUACAGUGACGAUGAGCAACUGAAAGCACCCCUGGAGGAGUACGUCAACAAGCGGUACCCGGGCCUCAUCAAGAUCGUGCGCAACCAGAAGAGGGAGGGGCUCAUCCGCGCACGCAUCGAAGGCUGGAAGGUGGCCACCGGGGAGGUGACGGGCUUUUUCGACGCGCAUGUGGAGUUCACCCCCAUGUGGGCUGAGCCGGUUCUCGCCAGGAUUAAGGAGGAUCACAGGCGGAUCGUCCUGCCCUCUAUCGACAACAUCAAGCACGAGAACCUGGAGCUGGAGCGCUAUGAGAACUCGGGCCAUGGCUACAACUGGGAGCUCUGGUGUAUGUACAUCAAUCCGCCCAAGCAGUGGUGGGACGACGGUGACAACUCCGCCCCCAUCAGGACGCCAGCGAUGAUCGGGUGCUCCUUCGUGGCGAAUCGCGUUUACUUUGGAGAGCUGGGCUUACUCGACCCUGGCAUGGAUGUGUACGGAGGGGAGAACAUAGAGCUGGGAAUCCGGGUCUGGCUGUGUGGAGGCAGCAUGGAAGUCCUGCCUUGCUCUAGGGUUGCCCACAUAGCCAGAGUGAAGAAGCCGUAUCACAACAACAUCGCCUUCCACACCAGGCGCAAUGCUCUGCGUGUAGCCGAGGUCUGGAUGGACAACUACAAGUCCAACGUCUACCUAGCCUGGAACAUCCCCAUGGAAAAUCAUGGGAUCGACAUCGGCGACAUCUCGCAAAGAGUGGCUCUGAGGAAAAGGCUGCAGUGUAAGAACUUCGAGUGGUACCUGGACAACGUCUAUCCAGAGAUGAGAAGAUACAACAACACUAUUUAUUACGGAGAAAUUCGUAAUACCAAAGUGAGUCACCUCUGUGUGGACCAGGGAAUCAAGGAGAACCACACCGCCACCCUACACCCAUGUCACGGAUGGGGUCCUCAGCUGAGCCGCUUCACCACGGAGGGCCAGUUGCACCUGGGCCCCCUGGGCAGCACUGGAGAGGACACACGCUGCCUGGUGGACGACCAGGUCAGCAACCAGGCUCAGCUGCUCAACUGCGAAAAGGUGUCCAGUGUGCGCCACAAGACCUGGAGCUUCUCCCAGAACGAGGCCAUCGUGAACCGAGGCACGGGACGCUGCCUGGAGGUCAUCCCAGCCAACGUGAACUUUGGCCACCUGCUGGUGCUGCAGGCCUGCACAGGGCAGCGAUGGAACAUCAAAAACGCCAUGAAGCAGCCUCAGUGACGUGGGGCUGCUGGCUGCUCCCCCCCCCAGCCUGCCUCCGGGAUCACGGUGCCGCAUGGCACGCUCGUCUCAGAACCGGCGACUAGAACUGCUGGCCACUGGAGGCACUGUGGAGCGUCCUGUUAAUUGUGGGGACUGACCUUUCAAAAAAAAAAAAAACAGUCACAUGAUACAGACUUUAUCUUAACUGGGACCCUUGACCCCUAGAGGGAGAAGGAACCAUUUCAGACUUUGGGUGUUUUAAUACUGGGGCGCUUUGUGUUGAAGCAAAUCGGUUUUUCUGGAAAAUGCACGGCAUUCAGCGAGGCAACGCUGUUGCAUUUCUGUGUUUGGACUCUCUUGAGUGUCUGAGAAGUGCUGUUCGUUUUCCAUCCCCUCAGUGAAAUUAGUUCCCGGUACCUAUAAUGUUCCCGAUAUUUUUGCUAGAGAUAGAUUAAGUAUAGGGUAGAUUUAGUUUUGGAUGUUGCUUUGACGCCAGUGUCACGCAUAAAUCCAUCGAGGGAGGUUAUUUUGGACAUUUUUGGUUCCACCUCACACCACGCACAUGUAGCAGCUACAGCGGGAGUCUGAGAUUCUAACUCUGAAGUGCUGCCACAUCUUUAUUAAUUUGCUUUCACAGCACCAUGGUUGCCAUUAUUCAUUUAAAACUCAAAAUCGGGGGCCUACAACUGGAAGCACUUUUUGAUGGGCUGCAUGGUUCCUGUUUCGGCACUCAGGACUCAGCAGUAACGCGAGUCGGCCUCGUCGUCAUGCUUAAGUGUGUCUAAUGUGACGUAUUCAGUCGAUCGGUCGUUACAGUCUGGAACUUCUCAGAAUCGUCUUCCAAUAAAUUAUAUGAUUCUCGGC